AGAUUUAAAAUGCAUGUGUCUCACGUGCGGACCGGUAACGUGUCUGUACAAUUCGUCGCAAAACAAGAAACGAACAGAAGUCGACAAUACGACAAGACGAUUGAACGCAUACAAGGUAUUCGAGUCGCAAAACAGUGAACAAUGGAGAAUAGCUUUACGGAAUGGCGAAAUUCUUCGAGAUACCGAUUAGACGGCGAUUCUAUUAUAAUUUCUGAUACCGACGAGGAGGACUUUGUCGAGAAUUCUGAUACACUCGACAAACGUGCCUUUGUCAUUGAUGAAAGUUAUGAGGAAGAUGUCGAUGUUUCGGAAUACUCGACGCCGCCGAAAACACAUAAAUUUACUGAUGAUGAUGAUGAUGAAGAAGAAGAAGAAGAAGAAAAAAAUACACCAGUUGUUCGCUUGAUUAAACGCAUAGUUCAGGGAAAGAACACAAUAACAGAUUCUGAGUCAGACAGUAAUAAGAGUCAAGAACAAGAAUAUCAUACAUUUAAUGAUUCUGAUAUAGGUAGAGAUGUUGCAGAUACAGAUCAUGAUUCUUUACCUUCCUAUUCACCAAUUGUACACAGUAAUAGGAAAAGGAAGGACAUUAGUCAUGAUAACACUAGAGAAGACAUAAAGGGAUUAAAACUUAAUUCUUCUAACGAAUCACUUACUGACAACAAUAAUUCAGUUAAACAAGAUAAUAUUGAUCAUGAAAUAUCAGAUCGUAAAAUGCAGGAAAUUGAAACCUCUCAUGAUGUAACUGUUGAACUUGGUUCAGAUUCCAGUUCUGGAAGAGCGACACCAAACAGUGAAUCUGAACUAGCAGUAUCUUAUGCAAAAAAAGAAAUUGGUGUUGGAAAUAUAGAUCCAUUAGUAGCACAAAAAAGAGCAAUUAUGGCUUGUAAAUUGGAACAACUUAAUACUCAAUUAAGUAAUUUAAAAUCAUUGUUCACUGAAGGAAACAUUGAAGUAUUACCUGACAGAGGACAGAAAGUGUAUGAAAGUAUACGUGAAAAAGAAACAGAAAUUGAAAAGUUGAUAGCCGAAAUGGAAAGAACACCUUUGGUGCAAAGCUUUAAUAAGGAAGACAAUAAAGUAUCAAAAGAUACCUUAUCCCAUUUGAUAAAAAAAGAGCCAUUGUUUGUCAAAGAUGAAUCAUACUUGGAUCAUUCGGAUUCAAAUUCGGAUUCAUAUUUGGAUAUUAAUAAUUUGAUGAAACCAUCUACAUCUCCUGAAUUAAGGGAAUUGGGCAAGAAGGCACAAGCGACAAGAGAUAGAGAGCUCGCUCUAACGGUUGAACGAUUACAUGAUUUGCAUGGAUCACUUGCAGCUCGUCCGGCAGAAAAUGAAAGAGCAGAAGACCCAAGAGGAUUAAAAAUACAGUUAAUGGCACAUCAGAAGCACGCCCUUAAAUGGCUUAUGUGGAGGGAAAAACAAAAGCCGGCUGGUGGCGUUUUAGCUGACGAUAUGGGUUUAGGUAAGACACUGACUAUGAUAUCUUUGAUUAUGAGUACUAUUGACCAAAAAGAUUCAACAGAUGAAAGUGAUGACAACAAAGAUAGCGAAGAUGAGUGGAGUAACAAUCAUAAACCUUUAUAUCAUAAAGGUGGUAGUCUAGUAGUAUGUCCUGCAUCUUUAUUGGCACAAUGGGAUAAUGAAGUGCGAAACAGAUGCAAACGCGGUAUGUUGUCCGUCGAGAUAUAUCAUGGCAGCAAUCGAGAGAGCGUUCCUAAACGCCUGUCGAAAAAUGAUAUAGUUAUUACAACGUAUAAUAUAUUAUCUCGAGAACAUAAAACAGGAUCUACAUUAUUUAAGAUUAAUUGGAGAAGGGUGAUACUCGAUGAAGCUCAUAUAGUAAGAAAUCAUAAGAGUCAAGCGUCUUUAGCUGUCUGUGGACUUAAGGCAAAGAAUCGAUGGGCUCUCACUGGUACACCUAUACAAAAUAAAGCAUUGGAUUUAUAUUCUAUUUUGAAGUUUCUUAGGUGCUCGCCAUUUGAUGAUUUACGCGUUUGGAAGCGGUGGGUAGAUAACAAGAAUGCUGCAGGCCAUCAAAGAUUGGCGACAGUCAUGAAGUCCUUGAUGUUACGAAGAACUAAGGAAGAAUUAAUAACAAAAGGCGAUUUGGAGACUUUACCCGACAAAUCUAUCGAGGAAGUGACGGUCAAACUCGAUCCGCAGGAACAACUAGUAUACGAGAAAAUUUUAGCUUACUCUCGUACUCUGUUUGCACAGUUCUUAGCUCAAAGAGCAGAGAAGGAUCAUAUGUAUGAUUUGUAUGCUGGAAAAUAUGAUGCCCCUGCCUAUCUUUCAAAUCCAAACAAAGACACGCAAUUCACGAAGGCUCAGAACAAAUUAUUAAAAAUGCAUGCCGAUGUAAAAACGCACGAAAUCUUGAUGCUUUUACUACGAUUACGGCAAUUAUGUUGUCAUCCGGCAUUGAUCCAUGCGAUGUUGGAUCAGGAUGACGUGAAGCAAAGUGGAAUAAUGGAUGAGAAUGUUGAUCCCGAUUUAUUGUCACGAGUCAGUAACAUAUCGCUUAAUGGAAUUGAUAAUAUGGAAGAGGAAAACGAUGUUGAUGAAAAAAUAGUUGGAAACCUACUUACUGCUGAAAAUCCAGUAUUUGAUAAUGAUCGCAUUAGUUCUAAAAUGAGGAUCUUGCUUAAUAUGGUUAAAGAAAUUUUACAAAAGGAUGAGGAUAAACUCAUUAUCGUUUCACAAUGGGCCACUCUAUUAGACAUUAUAGCAUCGCACUUGUCUUCAAUAAAAGGCGCCACAUUUAGCAAAUUUACCGGAAGUGUCGCUAUCAAAGACCGCCAAGGUGUAGUGGAUUCUUUUAAUAGUAAAAAUUCCGGCCCAAGAAUCUUGUUGCUUUCACUUACUGCUGGUGGAGUAGGAUUAAAUUUGGUAGGCGGCAAUCAUUUAUUAUUAUUUGACAUUCAUUGGAAUCCACAAUUGGAGACACAGGCGCAAGAUAGGAUUUAUCGCUUUGGUCAAACAAAAAAUGUCUACAUCUACAAAUUUAUUUGUACUGAUACAAUAGAGGAACGCAUAAAAGCCUUGCAAGAGCGAAAGCUCGAGAUAGCACAUAAUGUAUUGAGUGGCGACAAUAAUGCUGGGAUGAAGCUUACUCUCAAUGAUCUUAAGUCACUGUUUGGUUUUUAAUUUAUUUUAUUUUGUGAUAUAUAUUAAUAGAGAAAGCACAUACACAAACAUAACACUAUGAUAGUUACGUAUAAAAAAACUUAUUUAAAUUUUGAGCAUAUAAAAUAUUUUUAUGGUGUAUAAUUUGUAGCUCUCGUACACGUUGAUGUAUAUUUAUUUUAUUAAUUUUUCAUAAUAGUAGACUACGAAUACUAAUACUCUAUGGACAAUGUUUUAUCU